AGAAGUAAGGGACCGCGUCGAACGCAACCUUGUCUGACUCACGUCGCCGAAACGUCUCUUGUCCCCGUCUCUCGCUGCUUGGGCAACCCAAGUAAUAGCGCCUCCAGUUGGCGGCGCUUCCCAGAGAGAUUAUCUGGUCGGCCCCUCCGGUGCGGUACCCCACACCCGGCACCAUGUCGCUACAGAGCAGCGGGCGGCAGCAGAGAGAGGCACGCGGCGCCAACGCAAGGGCGGAGGGGCAGCAGCAGCAGCAGGAGGAGGAACGCCGGGAGGUGACCCUCUUCCGCGAGUACCUGCGCAUCCGCACCGUGCACCCCGAACCCGACUACGACUCUGCUAUUGCAUUUUUGGAGCGCGUGGCCAUCGAUCUUGACCUUCCAUUGAAGAAGUAUGAGCUGGAGCCCUCUCUCAUUGCCGUGGUGAUCACGUGGGAGGGCAGCAACCCCGCUCUGCGCUCCGUGCUGCUGAACUCCCACACGGACGUGGUCCCUGCCUUCCAGGAGCAUUGGCAGUACGACCCGUUCGAGGCGGUGAAGGACGCCGAGGGGAACAUCUAUGGCCGCGGAGCACAGGACAUGAAGAGCGUGGGCAUCCAAUACGUCGAAGCAAUCCGGAGACUGCGCGACGAGGGGAAGCGCUUUCCACGCACGCUGCACCUGCUGUUUGUCCCCGAUGAGGAGGUCGGAGGAUUUCGUGGGAUGAGUCUUUUCGUUAAGAGCCCAGAGUUCAAAGCCUUGAACGUGGGAUUUGUUCUGGACGAAGGCCUAGCCAAUCCCACAGAUGCGUACACAGUGUUCUACGGGGAGCGCAGCUGCUGGUGGGUCACCGUGAAGUGCACUGGCCACCCGGGCCAUGGCUCACGCUUCAUCACCAACACCGCCGCCGAGAAACUGCAAAAGAUUAUAAACGCCUUCCUGGGCUUCAGAGAAAAGGAGAAGGCAAGGCUGGACUGCAGUGCGUGCAUGACGCUAGGUGAUGUCACCACCGUGAACCUAACCAUGGUGCAUGGCGGAGUGCAGUACAACGUGGUGCCCGCGGAGCUGGCCGCCAGCUUCGAUAUCCGUGUGCCUCCCGCUGUCGACCUGCAGGCGUUCGAGCAGCAGCUGGAGAGCUGGUGCCGCGAGGCCGGGGACGGCGUCACCUACGAGUUUGCCCAGAAGGGAAUGGACCAGAGCGUGACGUCUACGAGCGAGUCGGAUCCCUGGUGGGGCGCCUUCUCUGCUGUCUGCCGCGACAUGAACCUGGACGUGAAGACAGAAAUCUUCCCUGCCGCAACCGACAGCCGCUAUCUGCGCGAGAUUGGACUCCCGGCAAUCGGCUUCUCUCCGAUGAACCGCACACCCAUCCUGCUCCACGACCACAACGAGUUUGUGAGCGAAGCCGUGUUCCUGCGUGGCAUCGACGUGUACGCGGGCAUCCUGCCAGCCCUGGCCAGCGUGCCCGCAGUGCCCGCCGAGCAAUGAUUGCCCGCCGGCUCGUCUACGCCACGCUUCCUAUAUCAAACCUCGACGUGAAAGGCUGGAAACCCGUUGAUACAUUUCCUAUAUCAAACACUGCCUGAAACAUUGAAACCUGUUCAUACACUUCCUGUGUAAAACAAUCUACCUGAAAACUCAGUUCCACGACUCAAACUGAAGGAAUCUGAAACAACCUGCUAAUAACAUUUGUCCAGGACUGUCUGUAACUGAAGGAAUCUGAAACAACCUAAUAACAUUUGUCCAGGACUGUCUGUAACUGAAGGAAUCUGAAACAACCUAAUAACAUUUGUCCAGGACUGUCUGUAACUGAAGGAAUCUGAAACAACCUAAUAACAUUUGUCCAGGACUGUCUGUAACUGAAAGGAAAUCUGAAACAACUUAAUAACAUUUGUCCAGGACUGUCAGUAACUGAAGGAAUCUGAAACAACCUGCUAAUAACGUUUCUUGACUCUCUCUGCCUGAAAAUUUAAAUAUAAAUAUGAUCACACACGAGCCAGUAAUGCACCUUUAAAAUGUAAUGUAUAUCCUCGAAAUUUGGAAAACACCAUAACCAGUUAACCAAUUUACAUAAAGCAUCAAAUGUCAACACUGUAAAAUUACUAUUUGCCUUGAACUCGUAGAUAACAUUUGCAAACUUAUUAAAUGGCUAUGGCCCAAAGCAUGGCUCGUGUUUGCACACCUG